AUUACCAUUGGACGGCCACCAUGUCGAAGGGGCUCGCUGGAUUGGCCGGCAGCUCACUGAGCCGUCAUGGGAUCAGGAAGACACUGAGAGGACUCGCGUGAUUGGAGAAGAACUCCAAGAGUCAUCGUCAGCCGGUGACGGCAUUGAAAUGGAUUAUUAUACCCGCCGGGAGCUCACCGCGUCGACACCGGGCGGCCAGCGCACGGAACAGACCUGCCCAAUCGGUGAGGAGAUUGCUGGAUUACCGCUGCUGGGAGGCCACCACAGCCCAAGGACUCUUUCCAUUGGGCAAGAGCACACGGAGUCAGUAUUGGACGACCGCCACAGUGAAAGGACUCACCCCAUUGGCCAGAAGCUGAUUGAAUUACCAUUGGAGGACCACCACAGUGAAAGGGCUCGUCCCAUUGGCCAGCAGCAGAUUGAAUUACCAUUGGAGGACCACCAGAGUGAAAGGACUCGCCCCAUUGGCCAGCAGCAGAUUGAAUUGCCAAUGGAGGACCACCAGAGUGAAAGGGCUCGCCCCAUUGGCCAAAACCUCACCGAGUCGCCGUUGGACGGGGGGACUCGCGCCAAGGGUGAAGGACUUCACGAGUCAGGGUCCGGUUUGACAUCGCUGGCGCCAGGUGACCAUCAGAAGGAAACGGUUCACUGCGCUGGCCAGGAACUCUCGGCGCCAACCCCGGGUGGCCCGCACGUCGAGGGGGCGCCGCCCCCCGUUGGCCGGGAAGACGUUGGCGACCGCCCGGACGACAGAGACCCCCCUGGCGACGGCCGGGCGGAGAGGAGGGACGGGGUCAGCGGAGGGCCCCGGGGCCCCUACGAUGGACGGGAGGAGGGAGGAGGGGAGGAGGUGGUGGACGGGCCCAGGGGCAAGGUGCAGGUCUACUUCCUGGUGGGCUGCCCGGAGGAAGCCGAGGAGGAGGGAUUCCGGAGGCGGGCAGCCACCCUCCCCGCGGGGAGGCCCAGCGAGGCAGGGAGCCAGAGGAGAGCUGGGGCCACCCUGAGGAGGCAGGACGCCCUGGAGGCGCAGGGCGAGGCGGGGUGGGAGGCCGAGGGGCACCCACCCCUGGCCAAGAGCAGCAGCUGCCCCACACCGGAGGAGCGGGAGACCGGGCCGGCCGAGAAUCCGUCGGACACACGGAGCGGGUCCCGGGACUGGCACCGCAGGGGCAUCCGCAGACCGUCCAUGGCCACCAUCAUCAUGCAAGGCGGCGAAGAGGGGAGCGCGGAGGGCAGCGCUCGGACCGAGACGCCGGACGCCGGGGGUUCCAGGCCCGGUGAGGUUAACCUUCGUCGGAGAGGGUCGAGAAUCCUGCAAAUCUGCCAGCCCCUCUAUCAGGAGUACAUCCACCAGGCGCUGGACCGGGAGAUCCGGAGGCAGAGGCCCAGUGACGCGUGUCCCUCGCCGGAGGGCCUCCGGGGCAGGCGGGGCCCCAGCCUGCUCCAGAGGGCCUCCCUGGGCAACCCCACGGGGCUGUGGAGGGACCUGCCGGAGGUGAGGAACAGCACCGACUUGGACAGCCUGAGUCCCGAGGAGAGCAAGCUGCAGGAGGUGAAGUUUGAGCUCAUCAGUUCCGAGGCGUCCUACCUCCGGAGUUUGGACAUCGCUGUCAACCAUUUCCAGGGAUCCAAGACCCUGAAUGCUCUCCUCGUGCCCCAGGAGAGGCAGUGGCUCUUCUCCAAACUGCCCGCCGUCAGGGCAGUCAGUCAGAGGUAGGAGGGCAAAUAACCCACCCCGUAACCC